CCAAAUCCCAACACGCUUUUCUCCGAAUUUCUGAGUAAACCUCUCUGUUUACAAAGUUUCGGCGAGUGCGGUGGCCGUGAGAGUAAAUCCAAGAUCCACAGAGAGAGAGAGAGAGAGAUGUUCCUCCGAGCGAUCGGACGGCCGUUAUUGGCCAAGGUGAAGCAGUCGACGGGGAUCGUGGGGCUGGCGGUGGUCCCAAACGCGAGGGAGAUCCUGAUCGACCUCUACAACAAAACCCUAAAGGAGGUCCAGGCCAUCCCUGAGGACGAGGGCUACCGGAAGGCGGUGGAGCAUUUCACGCACCACCGUCUCAAGAUUUGUCAGGAAGAAAACGACUGGGAAGUCAUCGAGAAGCGCCUCGCCUGCGGCCAGGUCGAGGAGCUCAUCGAGGAGGCCAGCGACGAGCUCCUCCUCAUCAGCAAAAUGAUCGAGUGGCAACCAUGGGAUAUUCCAAGUGACUACGAGUGUGAGGUGAUUGAGAACGAUGCUCCAGUUCCCGGGCACAUUCCUCGUCAUAUACCGCCUCCAAUUCCUGAAUCCUUUUACAAGACGCUAGAGAGACUUCAAGAGUCCUCAAAAAGGGAUCCACCACCGUCAGGCACCUCUAAGGAGUCACCAUCGAAGUAAAGUUAUGCCAGCAUGUGUUCGAGGACUUCGUCAAUGUCCUGUCUUUGUUCCCUUUUCCUCAGAUGUUUGCUAUAUUAAACAGAGUUUAAAUUGUGGCGUUAGAGGUUUGCGUUUUUAAUAAAAUCUUAAGAAUAUACUUGACUGGCGGCCUUACAACAACUUUUGCCUUUUGAAUUGAUCUCUGCCCUUGCAUUUGCAUUCAAAACUGUAAUGCUAUGCGUGAUUUGUCUAUCUUUAGCAUCUUUUCCGUUGCGGUAAGCAGGCAGGACAAAGGGUUCUUUUGGAUCUUGAUUUCAUAUUUUGGAUGUAAAGAGUAAUUAUUACUUUAUAAACGAGGUUUAAUGAAA